CUCUUAUCCUCCUCCUGAUGAAGAGAAUGGCGGUUCUUGGGGAAUACCAAUGCAUCAAGUCCCAGGUGGACGUAUAGGGCCGCGUUCUCAUCUUAACUCGAAUGCUUCUUAUGAUAGCCUACCCGCUCGUCCUCCUUAUCCUCCUACACAUUCCAGUACUCGGACUCAUGAUUACGGUCAACAAGCGGUCUAUGGUGGUAGUGGCUUACAUGAGGAAGAAUUUGAUUCAUCACAAUGGGUACCUGCCUCACAGCACCCAGCUAGUCAUUAUGCUCCUUCGGCCCACGGUACCGAUCCAUUUCAAGAACACCAUCUAUCAUUUCCUACCGCACGUCACUCAGAACCAUCACACGAAUCUUCUCAUGAAGAUAUUCCUCUGAUGACAGGAGACGAAUAUCCUGAUCCAUAUAACGCAGGUGGAUUCGUACCUGCCCCUGAACCAGAUGACAGUUAUGUUAGAUACGGUCGAAUCCCACAACGUCAACCUCGUCGUUAUAAGACAGUAAAGAGAGUAGAACUUUAUCACGGAAACCUGGUACUUGAUUGUAAAGUACCAAGCAAGUUAUUGGCAAUGUGUCCAAAGAAAGACGAUCGAGAAUUCACUCAUAUGAGGUAUACCGCUGCAACUUGUGAUCCAAAUGAUUUCAAGGAUGAACGGUAUACAUUGCGACAAGUGUUGUACGAACCUGCUAGAAGGACUGAGUUAUUCAUCGUAAUGACAAUGUACAAUGAAGAUGAUCAACUAUUCACGCGUACAAUGCAUGGUGUCAUGAAAAAUGUGCAGCACCUUUGUUCAAGAGAUCGAUCAAAAACAUGGGGAAAAGAUGGAUGGAAGAAAGUAGUAGUCUGUAUUGUUUCUGAUGGUCGAUCAAAAAUCAAUUCUCGUACACUCUCUGUCCUUGCAGCAAUGGGUGUUUAUCAAGAUGGAGUGGCAAAGAACGUUGUCAAUGACAAGCCAGUCACAGCACAUAUAUACGAAUAUACCACUCAAAUCUCAAUUGACCCUGAAAUGAAAUUCAAAGGAGCCGAAAAAGGUCUCGUACCAGUCCAAAUCCUAUUUUGUCUCAAAGAGAAAAAUCAAAAGAAGAUCAACUCUCACCGAUGGUUUUUCAAUGCCUUUGGACCGGUACUUCAACCUAAUGUUUGUGUCCUAUUGGAUGUGGGCACUCAACCUGGUGUUAGCUCAAUAUAUAGACUAUGGAAGUCAUUUGAUGUCAACUCAAAUGUGGGAGGAGCUUGUGGUGAGAUUGUAGCUCUGAAGGGAAAGCUGUUGAGGAACCUUUUGAAUCCUUUAGUCGCCGCCCAGAACUUUGAGUAUAAGAUGUCAAAUAUCCUAGACAAACCAUUAGAGUCAGUCUUUGGUUAUAUCACCGUCUUACCUGGAGCUUUCUCAGCCUAUCGAUAUAUCGCACUUCAAAAUGAUGCAAGAGGAGAAGGACCUUUAACUCAAUAUUUCAAAGGAGAAACAUUAGGACAUUCAGCUGAUGCAGAUCUUUGGACAAAGAAUAUGUAUUUAGCAGAAGAUCGAAUCUUAUGUUGGGAAUUGGUUUCUAAGCGAAAUUCUUCAUGGAUUUUACAUUAUGUUAAGAAUUCGUAUGCUGUUACAGAUGUACCUGAUCAGGUACCGGAAUUGAUUUCUCAACGAAGAAGAUGGUUGAAUGGAUCAUUCUUUGCGGCUAUUCAUUCGACUGUUCAUUUCGGUUACCUGUAUCGGUCAAGUCACUCAUUCUUUAGAAAAGCCAUCUUACACUUCGAGAUGGUCUAUCAAACUUUUAGUAUGUUGUUUGCGUGGUUUGGUCUAGCCAAUUAUUACAUUGCUUUCGUGAUCUUGACUCAGUCAAUGGAAGACCCUUCAUUCGGCUUGAAUGGAAUCAAGUACUUCAAUGAUGUCUUGAGGUACAUAUACCUUGGAAUCCUUAUCAUGUGCUUUUUGUUAGCUAUGGGAAAUCGACCGCAAGGGUCGAAUAUUAUGUUCACCACCGCGCUACUGGUCUUCGCCUUUAUCACGGUUUACAUGACUUUUGCCGGGAUCUUUAUUUCAGUCAAGGGACUCAUGAACGCAGAAGCAGCGAUUUCAGCAGGUGGUCAGAAAUUCGAUGUGGGACAGCUCUUUGCGAACUCAAUCUUUCGAAAUAUUGUCAUGUCACUUGUGGCUACCUAUGGACUUUGGCUUGUGGCUUCGUUUAUGUUCUUUGAACCUUGGCAUAUGUUUACGUCUUUUCUUCAGUAUAUUCUUAUGUCGCCUUCUUAUAUCAACGUCAUCAACGUCUAUGCAUUCUGUAAUGUACAUGAUGUAAGUUGGGGAACAAAAGGAGAUAACAAAGUAGAAACCGAUUUAGGAGUAGUAAAACCAGCAGAAGAUGGAAAAACAAAUAAAGUGGAAAUCAGUGUACCAACCGAUGAAAAAGAUAUCAAUGCAGCUUAUGAUGAUGCUUGUCAUGUUUUAUCAGUCAAACCUCCAGUUGAAGAAGAACAUAUUGAUGCGGAAACUAAAAUGACAGAUUCGUAUCGAAACAUUCGUACUAAUGUCGUUUUGGCUUGGGCUAUAAUGAAUGGAGCAUUGGUAGCUGUGAUUUUAUCUACUGGUGCUAGUUCGAAUAUCGCAGCUGAUGGAAAUAAUGCAAAAGUUAAUGCGUAUAUGACAUUCUUGUUGUAUAGUGUUUUUGGUUUAUCGUUUGUUAAGUUUUGUGGUGCUACUAUGUACUUGGUACAAUUUAUUUUUACUGGAUGAAGUUAAAAAUGUAUCAUUAUUGAUUUUGAUAUUGAAUGUUUGUUUGUUUGAUAUUUGUGAAGGUUUGUGAUAUGUGAUGUAACUUCAUUAGUAUAGUAAAUGAUUUAAAAACAUUUUGAAAACAAUUCAACAAGACAGAAAUGGAGUAGGUAUUUUGUAUGAAACAGAAUAGAGAUUUUUUUAUUGGAUUAUGAAUUUGAUGAACGUUUUCAAAAGUUUUUUUUCCUUGGUUUUUAUGGUUUUGUGAAUUUGUUAUGGGUUUGAUAAUCAUUAUUGUGUUAGAAGAGUAUGUGAUAGUAAAUAAUUUGGAUUGAACUAUAAGGUGUUUUUGUUGAAGGUUUGAUGUAUAUACUUAGGUCUUUGAAGUAGGAUUUUUCGCGAUUGAUGGACCUUUAAGAUAUGAUUUCUUGUUGAACGAAUUGAUAUUUAUUGAUCAAUGAACAGAAAUGGAUCGCAUAACAUCAU